GUGAAUGGCUAAUGCAAGUUUACUAUUGUGAAUGGAUAAAGUAUUUGGCGCAAAGCUAGUUGAUUUCCUGAUUUAGAAUUAGAUUAUAUGGUUUGGUUUGUUUCAAAGAUAACACGUUUAAAUGUCGCAGAAGAAUGAAGAGCUGAAGCUCAAGCACCUUUUUGAUGGCGGCGCUUGGAAUGUAUACGAGCCGGAUAUUUUAAAUCUAGGCGUCGGUGCUCCAGGCACAGAUUUAUUGGAGCCAUGCUGUGAUAUUUUCCAGCAGGCAACUGCGCAUAAAAUGAAAGAUGAAAAGCAAAACAAGUCGCUACUUUUUCAAUACGGGCCAACAAGUGGUUGUUAUGAAGUACGCAAUGAAAUCGCCAAGUAUUUCAGCAAAAUGUACAACAAUCCCGUCAGCAGUGAGGACUUGAUAAUCACAACUGGCGCCACGCAAGGAUUGCAUUUCGUGCUCUCUACUCUGAUCGACUUUAAUGGCUACAUAUUUGUUGAUGAGUUCACAUAUAUGAUUGCUUUGGACAGCAUGAAACAUUUUACAAGCCUUCAAAUUGUUCCCCUUAAACUAAACGAAGAUGGUGUUGAUCUCAACGAUCUUGAGGUGAAGGUAAGCGAACGGCAAUUCAAAUCGGAGAGCAAGGAAUUUUGGGCCAUUUACUAUACGAUACCCACAUACCAUAAUCCAACUGGCAUAUUGUUCUCUCCAACUGUUUGUCGUGGAAUUGUGCAGUUGGCACGCAAAUUCGACUUUUUAGUGCUGUGCGACGAUGUCUAUAACAUUCUGCACUAUGGUGAAAAGCCUUUACUUUCGCGUCUUUUCGCCUAUGAUGAACAAACGGAUGCGGAUUACGUUGGCAAUGUCAUAUCCAAUGGCAGCUUUUCCAAGAUUAUUGGACCUGGGGUGCGCUUAGGCUGGCUGGAGGUUCCCCCACGCAUCAAACCGCAGCUUGAUCGCAGUGGCAUUAUUAACAGCGGUGGUUGCUUCAACAACUAUACAUCCGGAAUUUUGGGCAGUCUAUUUGAGUUGCAGUUGGCGCAACCGCAUAUUGAACGGCUCCACACCGCAUACCAGGAGCGAAUGUUGGCCACCACAGCAGUACUUGAGACUGAUUUGCCUGAAAGCUGUCACUUCUUGACGCCUACUGGCGGUUACUUUAUUUGGAUACGUUUGCCAGAUCAGCUGGAUGCGCGAGAUUUUCUGGCAUACAGCUUACAGCAUGAGAAGAUUUCGUUCAUUGCCGGGACACGUUUUGCAGUAGAAGAAGGCAAAGGUAAGCAAUUCUUCCGUUUAUCUAUAGCCUUCCACGACAAGGCAAAAUUAGCGGAUGGCACCAGGCGCCUGUGUCUGGCCCUAAGGACUUUUAUGAAGAAAUGAGUGUUAUUAUAUUUUGAUUUUAUGAUAUGGCCAAAUGGUUUUUAUUGUUUGUU